CAGCCAAAUCAGUAACCUGCCAAGUCUGACGGUGGAAGGUUGUCUCGCUCCGUCCCGUGUCUCUUGACUGGAAGCGGAUUGGUCAGAAAUUUUGGUUUUGAGAUGAUAGUGAAAGGAAAUGGCGACGCUCUGGAGAUGAUGAACGGCGAGGAGGAGGAGGAGGGCGUCUACAAGAUGUAUUCGCCUAUCAUGAAGGCUUUGAGGGAAUGCAGCUCUUUCUUCCUGCAAGGCCUGGUCAGUGUACAAGGGGAGUGCCGCCCCCUGGCUUGUGGGCGGCAGGUGGGCGUGAUAAAGCCUGAAGUGGCGUGUUACUUGCUUGAUUACCCAGAGGUCUUCACGCCCACGCCCAACGCCUUCCUCCUCCACCCUCAGCUGGACUCGUACGCCAAGAGAAGCAGCGCGGUGGACUUGGUGUUGCGUGAUUUGCGUGCGAAGAAUGCCUUGCGUGCGUUACGUGGGUGGCGGGACGAGCGGUUUUGCGUGUGGGGACAGUUUGGAGUUGGAGAACCCCUCUUUGAAAUUGAGAGAUCGGCUGUCACACCACUAGGGAUCAGAGCGUACGGCACACACAUCACAGGCUACACACACUCCCAGGAAGACGGGCGGCUGAGAAUAUGGGUACAGAAACGCGCUCUGGACAAACCCACCUACCCCGGAAUGAUGGACUCGAUGGUCGGGGGCGGCAUCACAGCAGGCCUGGCACCGCGGGAGGUUAUGUUGAAGGAGGCGCAGGAGGAGGCAGGCAUUCCGGAGCAUCUAGCGAGCUCUGCGGUGGCUGCUGGCUGUGUCUCGUUCUUCAGGGAGUCAGAGCGCGGCCUUCACGCCAACACAGAGUUCGUGUAUGACCUUGAGCUGCCGCCUGACUUCGUGCCCAGGAACAUGGACGGGGAGGUGGACAGCUUCGAGGCCGUCACUGUGGAGGAAUACCUCUCCCGGGUCACCUCUGCCAAAUACAAGCUGACCUCCGUUCCCGUUGCCCUAGACUUCUUAAUUCGGCGAGGCUUCAUCACACCAGAAACAGAGCCCCAGUACCCGGCCCUUCUGGAGCUCCUUCACGUGCCCCUCCACCACCUGUAUUCCCGCCACCCUCCCGCCCCUACACACACCUCCACGCCUGCCUCACCACCCCCCUCCCCGCCAAAUGAUUCGGCUCCUAGUGAUUUGAUGAGUGUGUGAAUGUGUGUGUGUGUGUGUGUGUGUGAGAGAGAGAAGAGGAGGGUGUGUGAGAGAAGAAAGGGAAGUACUGGAGAGGAAAGAAGAGGAGAAGACAUAGGUUGAGAGAGAGAGAGAGA